AUGGCCGUUGAAUUCCUCCCCACUAUCAGCGCUUCCUUAGGGCCUCUUUUGAUAGGAGUGAUCAUGGCCUCCUGUAUGUACGGCGUAACGACAGUCCAGACAUACAUUUAUUUUGAACGCAACUCGGCCGCCGACAAGACAUCCAUGAAGUACCUCGUUUUCUCAUUAUGGAUGCUUAAUACACUGCGCAUGGCCAUAGUCUCAAAUGCAGCAUACACGUACAUGGUCACGGACUUCAUGAAUCCGGUCGCCAUCUGUAAACCCACGUGGGCUAUAUUCCCCUCUGCGGUGGUAACGGUGGGUGCUAGCAACGCAGUGGUCAGAUGCGUCUUUUGCUACAGAGUCUGGCGCUUGAGCGGCAACAACUUUUGGCUAGCAUUGCCGAUCACCUUGACCAUCUUCGCAUCGCUAGGGACUAAUCUUGCCUAUUCGGUUAUAGCCCUAUUUGAAUACGAGUGGUUACUCUCCUGGGCCUUUGCAUGCAGCAUGGCGGCGGACAUCCUGAUCUGCGCUUCGUUAUGCAUCUUACUCGCAAGACGCCGAACGGGCUUUGCAACGUCCGACACCAUUGUACGGAAGCUGACGAUCUAUGCAGUCAAUACUGGACUUCUAAGCACAAUAUGCGCCUUGCUUUGCCUUACCACCUACUUGACGAUGCCAGACAACUUCAUCUUCAUGGCACUGUACAUCAUCUACCCAGAACUCAUCUUGAAUGCCCUCUUGGCAACUUUCAAUGGACGCACCUCUCUCAAAAAGAAUACGGCGUCAGCCAUCGUGGCGCAACAAGAGUCUGCACAGAAAUGCCGAGGAACGCAUGCCAUGGGCCAGGUGAAGGACAUCAAUGUCGUCGAACUGGGUGCUCUUACUAGCUCGACUUCGCAGGGGAGUGACAUUUGCGUGGUGGAGCAGGUUAAUGAAGCCCACAAAGUCCCUCAACUCCAUGCAUGGGCCACUUGA